AUGGUCUCGGCAUACACCGCCAUCGUCUUCAUCGUCAGUUUGGCUGCGCCAUUGGCAUAUGCCUGUGUCGUCGACAACUUGAAAGGAACUUGCAUGGAAAAAUCUGCAUGCACAGGCCGAACAGUUGCCGGAAAAUGCUCUGGUGCUGCAAAUAUUCAAUGUUGUCUACCAACUGGCACAUCUUGCUCAGCUAGUGGAAAGAGUGGUGUUUGCGUUGAUGUCGGUUCAUGUACUGGAACAACCGUCAGUGGCUUAUGUCCAGGUGCAGCUAACAUCAAAUGUUGUGUUGCUAGCGGUGGAUCAACAGGUUCACCAGCUGGUCUUUGUGGUAGCUAUGCUGGCAGCGAAGUUUCGUCGAUUGCUGGUAACGAUAAUGUCAUGUAUUCAGUUGUUAAGAUCAGAUCAGAACAUUUAACUACUCCAAGCUCAGCUUCAUUGUCACCAACUGACUCUGACAACACGAUGACAACAACGACAGCUUGUGCUUUCGAUCAAAUGGCUACCGCUGCCAAAGCUGCUGGUGUGUCUAUCAAAAUUAGUUCUGGUUUCCGUACCAUUGCUCGUCAGAAUUACUUCUGGAACUGUUAUCAAACCAAAUCAUGUAACAAUGGCAAUUUGGCUGCAAGACCAGGCACGUCGAACCAUGGUAAAGGCAUUGCUCUCGACUUAAAUACAGAUUGUGGUAAACAAACCGGUGCUAAACCAAACUGUGGCGGUAGUGCUGUUUAUCAAUGGUUAUACAAUAAUGCUCAUAAUUACGGAUUCACUCGUACAGUUCAAAGUGAACCAUGGCAUUGGGAAUUCCGUGGUGUUGGUGUUGCACGUGCCAGCUUCUCUUAA